CUCAAGGUCUUACCUUGAUGCCAAUGACGCCUGUCCCAAAACUCUCCCCCUAUAGCCCCACAUUUUCUACUAUAAAACCUUCCACCACAGUCCUCACUUCUCACUCCAAAACCUUUUCACUAUUUCAAUUUUGAGACCCUGCCACCUCUCUUACCUUGUCACCAAACUCUUCCUUCUCCAUGCAGCUUUUCACAUCAUUGCCAGCUUUCUAUCCUCACCUCCUUCCUUCACUGCUUUUCUGUUCUUCAUUUCUUGUGUUUGUGUAUCUUUUCCUACAACAAUGGCUCCAAUCCAAAUGCAAACGUUUUCCCCCUGGUUCCAUGGGUUGGCCUUACCUAGGAGAGACCUCCAAGCUCUACAAUGAACAUCCAAAUACAUUCUUCUCCAACAGACAGAAAAGAUAUGGGGAUAGAAUACUGGGGUGUCCUAGUGUGGUGAUUUCAAGCCCUGAGGCAAUGAGGACUGUGCUUGUGACUCAAGCACAUCUGUUCAGGCCAACAUACCCAGUAAGCAAAGAGAAGAUGAUAGGGCCAGAGGCUGUUUUCUUUCAGCAGGGUGAAUAUCACUCCAUGCUCAAGAAACUGAUUCAGGCCACUUUUAAGCCCUCUGCUAUAAAAACAUCAGUCUCUGAGGUUGAGAAAAUUGUCCUUAAACUGCUGCCAACUUGGGUCAACACAACCAUCAAUGCCUUACAAGAGAUGAAGAGGUAUGCUUUUGAGGUAGCUGCCAUCUCUGCCUUUGGUCAAAUUAUGAAGCUUGAAAUGGAGCAAAUUAAAGGCCUGUAUAGGAGCUUGGAGAAGGGCUAUAAUUCCUCUCCAUUAUAUCUUCCUGGAACUUCCUACUGGAAAUCAAUGAAGGCAAGGAAGCUUCUGAAUGAAACUAUAAGGAGAUUAAUACAUGAAAGAAGGGAAAUUAAUGACUGUGGAGGAGGAUUGUUGGGAGAUUAUCUGAGAGCUAGAGGUCACAAAAUGGAUCAACUCACUGAUUCUCAGAUUGCUGACUUUGGUGUGAUCUUUGCUGCACACGAUACCACUGCUAGUGUUUUGACAUGGGUUCUCAAGUACUUGCAUGAUAAUCACAAUCUCCUGCAAGUUGUGACGGAAGAGCAACAAGGAAUUAGAAACAAACUAGCUAUAGAAAAUCGUGGACUUACAUGGGAUGAUACAAGGCAAAUGUCACUCUCUGGCAGGGUAAUCCAAGAAACUUUGAGGUGUGCAAGCAUAGUGUCAUUCACAUUCAGAGAAGCUGUACAAGAUGUUGAGUUGGAAGGUUACUUCAUUCCCAAGGGAUGGAAGGUCCUUCCCCUCUUGAGAAGCAUUCAUCACUCUGCUGAUUUUUUUCCUCACCAACAAACAUUUGACCCUUCAAGAUUCGAGGAGAAAAGUCAAGAGAUCCAAACAAUUUCAAAUGAAAAGGGCUACAAAUGUUGAUCUUCGCUUAAGCCAAAUGCUGGCUCGCUUAAGCCAAAUUAUAUGGCAGUAGCAGUGGCAAGUAUGUUGAUCUUCGCUUAAGCCGAAUGUAGCCUCGCUUAAGCCAAAUUACAGGGCAGUAGCAGUGGUUCUGGAAGACAAUUUGGCUUAAGCGAGAAAUGGUCUCGCUUAAGCUGAAAGACCUUACCUGAACAUGAAGAAAUCUCCUCGCUUAAGCGGAACCUUUUUCAGCUUAAGCGGAACUGUGCCCUGUUUAUAAAAGGCUCGACCAAGAUCAGAAAGGGAUGAUCUUUUGACCUAUUUUGGACUUUUGAGAGAGAAAACUUCAGAGAGAAGAAGGGAGGAACUUUGGGAGCUUUGAUUCACCAUCCAUCAAGCUGGAAUCAUCACCGAGGACGGCACAGAUCAUAACUUUCGUCUUAGUUCUUCUUGUAAGCAUAGCAUCCAUGUCUAUGGAUAGCUAAACUUCUCUUUGUUGGGAUUGGGUGUAAUACUUGACUUAAAUGUAUCCAUCUUAGUUCUCUUUCAUAUGAAUCUAGUUUAUCUCUUGAUUUCAAUGAUAUGAUCUUGAUUUUAAUGCUUGUUUUAGCUUGAUCAACUAGAACAUGAUUUGAGAUUUGAUAUGUGAGUGAAAGCUACAUAUUUGAAUUAGAUUUAGGUUGUAUCAUCUAAUUUACCUGAUUGCUAGACAUAGGGUUAGGUUUAUUAGUCGCUUAACAUCUGAACUCAUUACGUUUUGCUUCGUUAGUUAUGCGAGACAUCGAUAAUUAGAGAAGUGAAUCGUUAAUCUGCUCA